AUGAUUCUGAAAGAACUACAUUUCGAUCUCGUUGAAGCCUCAGACCGCGCUGGGGGACGUCUGUAUACCUAUAAAUUCAGCGAGGCUCUUCAUGACUGCUAUGACGUAGGGGCUAUGCGUUGGUUUGAAUCUCCCGUAAUGAAGAAAGCACUUGCUCUAUUCGAAGAUUCGAAUGUUCCGUUGAUUUUUUACUACAUGAAUGGUCAGAAUACUCCCAUAGUCUUCAACAACAUUUUGGGCCCGCCUAUGGACCUUGCGGAGUUCGACCCAUACAAGUUCAGCGUGAUGAGUACGAAGCCGUCUUAUCUCUUGAGUGGAGCGCUAAUAUUUGAGAAAAUCCUUCAGGAGGCGUCAGCACCCUACUUGCAGCUUUUGAGAGAAGACUUCGAACAAGGUUUUAAAAACCUCACGGAGGUAGACAAAUACUCUAUGAGGGAAUACUUGCGCGUGUACAUGCAACUUGAUUAUCAUACAUGUCGAUGGCUAGAGACAAAUAUUGCCCCCAGCGACUUCUUUGAUCAAGCUUUUACCGAGUAUGUUAUCCUGAGCUCGGACUUCCACGAUCUGGAAGAAUACGGAUGGAAGUGCAUAGACGGCGGCGCGUCCGUUGCAAUUUCUGCUAUGCUAAACAGGAUUGCUCCCCAUAAACCCGAGUAUUGCACUACGGCUACUCGCAUCGCUUUGAAUCGUAUUCAUGAGAAAGUGGAAGUCAGGCUUGUCACUCCAUCGGGUCAAUCGUCCAUUCGUCGGUAUGACUCGGUUUUCAACACCACUCCCUUGGGUUGCUCACGAAAUAUGGAUCUCGUCGAUGCCGAGCUGUAUCCUGCGCAAAUAGAUGCCUUGCGUUGUUUGCGAUACGAUACAUCCUGCAAGGUCGCGAUAAGGUUUAAGACCCCAUGGCGGAUCACACGGUGCGGCAUAACGAAGGGUGGUACAUCGUUUAGUGUCAUCCACGAUGACCCAAAGGAGCCAGCCGUGCUCAUCGCCUCAUAUACAGUGGGUCAGGAUGCCCAACGUAUAGGGACCCUGAUCAAUCGGGACUCGCCUUCUGGGGAAUCACAGCUUAAGGAACUCGUAUUGCGAGACCUUGCACGUUUGCACGCCAGAUCUGGGAUUACCUACGACUUUCUGGCAGCGCAGUACAUCACACAUCAUGCGUAUGACUGGAGAGAUAGUCCAUUUUCCGGUGGGGCAUUUACGGUGUUUGCGCCAGGGCAAUUCAGGCACCUGUACCCAUACCUCCGAGUUAUUCGUCCAGCUGCUGACGGUAAAUUGCACUUGAUGCUGAAUGGUGAUGAAGAAAAGCCCUUGUGUGAUAAAAUUGGUGACGAGUAUGAGACUUCGCUUGCAUCCGGUGCACAAACAGGCCUUGAGAGUCAGUGGGAUACAUGGGUUAUAUUGCAACAAGCUAUAUGCAUAUUUUUGAAGGAGUGA